AUUUUAUAUUAUAUAUAUAAUUAACGAGUAGAUAAUUACAUUAUUUCAUAUACGAACUUGUGUUAUUUAUUUCAUUAAUAUAUAGAUUUUUUUCAGAAGAAUGUCUGGUACAGUCAGAAAUCGUAAUACAACCGAAAAGGUUCACAAUGAAGAACCAAAAUUAACUGAACAACAAAAAAAAGAAUUAGCUGAUUUAAAGAAAAUCCACCCAGCUAACGAAUUUGGUGGUAUUGUUGGUACUUUCUUACUCAUUUUCAUUCUCCCAGUUGUUGUCUAUUGGAUUUGGGCUUCAAUCGAAUUUAACCAAGGUUAUCUUUUACGUCCAGCUACCCUCAGUGUUGAUGGUGUCAAAGAUUUCUUUGUUACUCUCUACAAUUAUGUCAUCACUUAUGCCUACCCAACUAAAGAAGCCGCUGUUAUCUAUUUCGCUUGGUUCUUCUUCCAAGCUUUCCUCCAACACUUUGUUCCAGGUCGUAGAGUUUUAGGUUCACCAUUACCAGGUGGUAAACGUCUCGAAUAUACUCUCAAUGGUUGGGCUUCAUGGUGGAUCACUCUUAUUGUUAUCCCAGUUUGUAUUUACUUUGGUCUCUUCAAAGCUACCAUCCUCUAUGAUAACUAUGCUCCAAUGAUGACCGUCGUCAACAUUUGGUCAUUCGUUUUCACCAUCCUCCUCAAAGUCCACGCUAUGAUUAAAGACGAAGAAGAACGUAUGUCAGGUCACUUCUUCUACGAUUAUUGGAUGGGUUUUGCUCGUAAUCCACGUAUUGGUUCAUUCGAUCUCAAACUUUUCUGUGAAGCCCGUCCAGGUCUUAUCCUCUGGGUUUUAAUGAAUUUCUCAAUUGCUGCUAAACAAUUUGAAGUCUACGGUGAAGUCUCAAUCUCUGUCAUCAUGGUCUGUUGUUUCCAUUUCUGGUACAUUGCUGAUUACUAUUAUCACGAAGAAGCCAUCUUAACCACUAUGGAUAUCAUCACUGAAAAAUUCGGUUACAUGUUAGUUUAUGGUGAUCUCGCCUGGGUUCCAUUCACCUAUUGUUUCCAAUGUUACUACCUCUUCAAACAUCUCGUUGAUGGUCAACCAAUUCACAUCAGCAUCGGUUAUGCUUGUUUCGUCUUAGGUCUUAAAGCUUUCGGUUUCUACUUAUUCCGUUGGGUUAACAGCCAAAAACACGCUUUCCGUCGUAAUCCAGAACACCUUAUUUGGGGUAAAAAACCAGAUUACAUCCUCACUAAACGUGGUACUAAAUUAUUAUGCUCAGGUUUCUGGGGUAUCUGCCGUCAUCUUAACUACACUGGUGAUAUCAUCUUAUCAUGGGCUUGGUGUUUACCAUGUCAAUUCGACAGUGCUGCUCCAUAUUUCUACGGUAUUUAUUUCACCACUUUAGAUCUUCACAGAUGUUGGAGAGAUCACAAUGCCUGUUUAGAAAAAUACGGUGAUGACUGGAAGAACUACUGUAAACGUGUUCCAUACGUCUUCAUUCCAAAAGUUUUCUAAAGAAACAAAACAAUUUAAAAAAAAAAUAAUAAACACACAUACAAUUUUAAAAAUGUUAUAGUAUAAUAAAUAUUUAUUUUUUUAGUUUU